AUGGCUUCCCACAACCAUCACGUAUCACACUCAUGCCAACCGCCGCCAUUAGGCCUCGACGGUGCCAUGCCCUGGCCAGGUCCCAUCUACAGACAAUCGGCCACCUGUCCCCAGUCGCCGGCCCAGCCCACUCAUACCAGAAAGGCAGCGUCGGUGAAAAGUUCGGGAUCGUCUAUCAGCCGUGGCCGGAAGAACAUCGCUGCCUCGGUUAAAGAAUUCUUUCACGGUUUGAGGCCGAGCAACUGCCCCGAACAAGGCUUCACGCUCCGGCAUCAUGAGCGUGAUCAUGGGCAUCCGACGAUUGAUGAGAUCUUGACGACGGGGGAGCGAAACACCUCGACCGCCAUGCAGCCGCGUACCACCAAUGCUCGGAGAUUCACCACACCCAGGCGGAAGAGUGUAGAUUCUGACCCUGGUCAGGCCGAAAUUCGGCAUCACGACCCGAGUACAACCGAUACAAUUGUUUCUGAAGCUUGGAAUAUUCCCGUGGUACUUCCUCGACGAGAUUCGAAUAUCAGUGGCAAGUCGAUGGUUAAAGCAACCCAUAUCCCGGCUAGGAAGAUCACAUCGAGGUUGAAUACGAGAUCGGAUGACGGCCCUAAGGUUACUUAUCAUCGUGGCGACAACCAAAUUUCAUCACUCGAUGGAACUUGGGCCAACAUGGGGGAACGCCGAGUGAAAAGCGGAAAUAUCCCUACCUUUUCCAAGCCAUCGCGGAAACCCGUGCCAACUCAAACCGGCAGUUAUCUUCCCACAUCGUCUCAAGCUCAUCGUGUAAGCACUGCUGACUCCCACAACGUUAUGUCAUCGGCCGUGCCGGGCUAUAACAGAGCUCGCUCACUGUUCCUGGAAAAGCAAGAAGCCCGGCGCCAGCGCCGCAUUCUAAGAGAAGCUGGUGACUACCUCGGAGUGACAGGGGCGAACCCUUACACGGGAAUGUUAGACAAUAUCACGCCCAGAACGAGCAUAGACAUGACGGAGUUUCGUCGUGGUUCUCUCCAACCAUCCCCCCAGGGAUCGCCACGGGGUGAAGAAAAGAGGCGUGGUACUGGGAAACGGACGGGUCCUCGGCAGCCGUCCAAACUCAGAAAAGAAUCGGAACAAUGGCCAUCUGCGGCUUCACCAAACCUAAGUCCAAUCGUUCAAAGCCAGAGCCCAAGCAACAAGAGUGUAGAACCUGCUCAGACGGGAGAGUCAGCCACUACCAGUCACACUUCGAACUCUUUUUUAGGGAUGGAGACAAUGGCGGUUAUGGUACCGUCAGGAGGAAGCCUCGCUUCAGCGACCUCAUUCCCGUCGAACACGAAAUCUCUCAGGUUACGUUUUCAUCCAUUGAUUCCCCGGAGACUGGGCCCUGGUCCGAUGGACACCGGCUCCGUCCCGGGCCCGACUGGGAUAAAGAAGUCCUUCUCCAGGAUCCCAGUGCCAGAUCACUGCCCAGUCUCGCGCAAGAUGUUGCCAGGAACCCCUAUGGCACCCGUCCCCAACAGCGCCAAGGUCAUUUACCCACAUUUGGACCUCACGAACCUGAACCCAGCCCGCCAAUGGGCAAACAUGCUGAUCGAGGAUCUGAGUGGCCUGGAGCGCAGUAUCCGGGACAGCACCAGAGAAGCCAAGGCAUGGGCGAGUUCCAUAACCCAGGACAUCAGUGGGUUGGGGCAGGCGCUCCACCUCCCACAACCCCAAUCUGCUUGCACACCCAUCAUCACCAUUACUGGCUGCGAGUCCAGUCCUCACCGCCAGCUUCCCUCCGCCAUAAGGGAAAUCUGCCCCCAAAGACCCGAAGCCAAGGCCCCUCAAAAGGCAAGAAAGACGUCAGGAAAGAAAGCAGUCAAGCGGCUUCAGAAGACGUUACAAUCCGUAACCGAAUCGUCGUCACACCAGACAUCGUCCCCGUCGCCGAGCGCCGUACCCAAGAGCGGCUCUUCGACGCCGCUGGAUUCCCCUCCCAGCAUGCAACCGAGCGUAUCGCCGAAACUCGCAAGACCAGAUCUCCAUCAUCACCACAGCUGGAUAGCAUCACUGACCGCAGACCGGGUUGCAGAGAUGGUGGCAGAAGAUCUGGCACGUGCUUCCCAGGACGAGUUACCAAGAGCAGCCAGCGUUACUAUAUCGUCAACCCAAGAGACAAUGCGCACGAAGGACGAGGCGAAAACCUCCCGGCGCGUGUCGACGCCUCGUCCUCAGGAACAGACGGGCUGGGAGAUGCGCAAGACGAUGAGAGGGGAAGCGGAAAUCCAAGACCCAACAAACGGAAAGAGACGGUCACCUCUCACGUCCACUCAUACGCGCCGGCCAAGUCUGGCGAAGUCGAAGAGCUGGUCGUCGAAGAACCAGAAUUCGGCCGAUAUCAAAACUUUGACGCAGGCGAUGGUGCAGGGGGCAGCGCGAGCAGCGUUUACGCAACACCCAGCGAACCAAAGAACGGGGUCGGAAGGGAUCCCAGCAUCGGCGUCAGGAUCGGACUCGGCAUCAACCACGGGACAGGCCACGACUGGAGACAUGAAAGCUGGGGAAGCAACGGGAGCGGCCGAAAAUGCGAUGGCGGUCGAGUUGGGAACAAGUCCAAUGACGUCAUUACUAGAACAAAGGAACAAGCGUCACAAGCGUCAAAAGCUGAAGGACAGCGCCGGCCACGGCGGCGAUGACAAUGACGGUCGUUCCAGAAGCCAAGACCCGAAGUCUAAAGUCAGUGAACCCCAGACGUGCCAAGGAGAUGGGGCGGCGGCUAGUGACGAUCUGUAUCGGCUUUUCCCAGGCUUGGCACUCCCUGUCAGGUCGAUGGUGGCAGCGGGAUCAGGAGGGCAGCCUUUCGAGGUGCUGGUCGGGGUCCGGAUCGUGGUGUCAGUAGUGGUUACCUUUGUAGCGCAGUUUGUCUGUGCGUACUGGGCCUUUGUGCGGCCGGUGUUUCAUCUCGAUUCGCCGCUUCACAAGAGGUACGCACGGGGACAGGCGACGCUGGGAGACGUGGUGGUUUAUGUCUUUGCGCUGAUGUUUGUCUUUUUGGCGGGCGCGGCUGUGGUGUGGGUGAUCAGGGGCACGGUUCUUGUGUGCCGUCUGGUCAGGGCGAUUAUCGGAGGAUUGGCAAUGUUGGCGGGUUUGUGA